AACAGGCUGUACUGAACCAAGCACAAUUACCAUAACAAAUCACACUUCUCUGCACAUGAGUGCGCAACAUCUAUUCUUUCUGCUGAUUUCAAGGUCACACCUUUUUAAGUAAUUUUCUGCGCAAGUGAUAUAUAUCAACCACAAAAGGGGAUAUGGAUGAACAACUUGUGAAGAAAUAUUUGAUUGGAAUGAUCGCCGUUUCUUUGUUAGGCUCCGUUAUAACGGGAAGUGAAACGGUUUUCAAAGUAGUAUUGUCGGUUCUCGUUGUGUUCGCUCCAUUUGCAGUCGCUUGGUAUAUGAACAACACAGCUGAAAUUCGACGACUCCGUAAAAAGAUCCAAGAUUACCGACCUGGUAAUUGGACUAUCAGAGAUGCAGGGACUAGCUGCAUAAGACCAUCCAAGGUUAGACUAGGUGUCUUCGGGGUGCAAGACUCGGGCAAGAGUACUUUUCUCAACUCUCUGCACUUUGCCUACAAAGGUGCAUGGGAGCAAGUCUACAUCGAGAGCAAUACGGUAUGGCCAGGAGGCGAGACUAUGUUUCGAGAUCCGGCUAUACUAACCGAUCAAGUAAUAACUUUCGAUACACGUGGGCUAUCUGAUCUGAGUACUUUCAGAGUUUCUGAUGUCAUGGAUGAAAUCAGUGGAAAGCGAGGAAUCAACCCUCAUUGUCGGACUACUGGAGAGAGGAUCGACUGUCCUAUCUUUAUCCUGAAAUACAACUCUGCUACUGGAAUACAACAUUGUGGAAACUUCCUAUCGUCACUUGUACCAAGAAUCAGGCAAGAGUUCGGCUCGUAUCCGAUAAUGGUUGUGACCUUCGCUAACAGCAUUUUGAACCAGUAUGAGAUCGUUGACGACAUCACCAGAGCUGGUAUGGAGAAGAACAGUCUAUUCUUCAUUGAGAACUACACAGCUUUGAACCAUGAGAUGAAUUCUAAGAAACACAUUGCUCUUCUCAAGAUCCUGGAAGCCUGCAUCAAGCGAGCCGAUGAUACCAUCACCUUCCGCUGGCGAAAAGAGAAGGAACCCGUAGUCAAGCCUGAGGGCCACAAAUGUAAGAUAAUGUAAAUAGUUCCUACACAUGCCACAUCACGUCGGGGUGGAUGAAUUUGUAUACUAGUCAGUACAUUGUGUACUUAUUAAGGUUACGUACAAGCACGUAGGUUACGCUUAGUUUUGUCUUGAUAUACUUUGAUGUUAUUUGCAAAUUCUGGCAGUUUGUACAAUCCAUUCAUUUACCAUGGCAUUUCAUAUUUCGAUAUUAUGGAAGCUCAAACGUGCCACCCAAGAUGUUCAGAUAAUCACCUUGUCGUGUUUAC